AGUACUAUUUUAACAUUGUUUCAUGCUUCUUACUUGGAUGGCAUUCAAACCUCUCCAACAACAAUUCACCAGACCCAAAUGGACCAAUGUAUUAUAAUGGAAUCUACCAUCUUUUCUACCAAUACAAUCCUAAAGCUGCUGCAUGGGCAAGUGAUAUAGUCUGGGGCCAUUCUGUAUCAAAAGAUAUGGUCAACUGGUUUCGCCUUGAUGUUGCAAUGGCCCCUACGGAUUCAUUUGAUGUCAAUGGGUGCUGGUCAGGUUCUGCCACUAUCCUCCCUGGUAACAAGCCGGUGAUGCUUUAUACUGGCAUAGAUAUAAAUAAUGUACAAGUUCAGAACAUUGCUGUGCCAAAGAAUUCAUCGGAUCCCUUACUUGUAGAAUGGAAAAAGCUAGACAAAAAUCCAUUGAUUUUGCCACCCAAUGGCAUUAACGGAACUUCGUUCCGGGAUCCGACAACUGCAUGGUUAGGUAAAGAUGGGUAUUGGAGAAUUCUAGUUGGGAGUGAGAGAAGUAAUCUGGGGACGGCGUUGUUGUUUAGAAGUAAAGAUUUCAUGACAUGGACAGCAUCUGAAAAUAACUUCCAUUCUGCACCAGAUACUGGUAUUUGGGAAUGUCCAGAUUUCUUUCCUGUGCCACUGAAAGGUAAAAAAGGAUUAGACACUUCUGCGAGUGGAGCCAAUGUUAAG